AUGAGUGCUAGCGAAUGCGCGCGGCAAUCAAAUAGAUUUUGGCUGGGCCUAGGGAACGACGAUGAGGCGAGGACGAAGAUGUUUGACAGGUUGUCGGAGGCGAGGAUGAAGCUUUGUGGAUUAGCACGAGUGGCUAUAGGAAGAGCUUUAGGUGACCUGCGCGCCUACCAUUUCGAUGCUGAAAAGGAGAUGCUGUCGCCACCCUCGGUAAUAUUCAUAUAUGAUUUCUCAAAUCAGUGUUGA